CCGACAGGGGGCGCGCAAUGUAUUUAUUAGCGGACGUCGCUUAUAGAAGGCUAGUGACACACACGCACCUGAUUGGUUAAAGCGCGGCCGUUCGAUUGGUCGGUAUGAACACAGUGGGCGUGGCUUAACGUCAAUGUUUACGUAGCCCGCUGUCCGCGUAUGUAAGCGCAACCGGGGACACUGCGAUGGGAUUUGAUUGACCAUUGAUUUGUUUUCGUCCCGUUCCACCAGCGGUCGUUGGCACACGAUGCACCCCCCGUCGACAUGGGGAGUCACUAGCAGCUGAAACACGGAGGAGACCGCGGACAAAGCCGGGAUGGCGGGCGCUUUUGGGCUCAAAGGCUGCCAGAAAAUUCGAGGUCCGCAGAUAAGAAAUCUGCUCGAGGCGAAGGACUGCAUCCUCCUCGACUGCGACGGCGUGAUAUGGCACGGGGAGACGGCGGUGACGGGCGCCGCCAAGGCGGUGAGCUCGCUGAUACGGCGCGGCAAAAACGUCGUGUUCGUCACCAACAACUGCACCAGGCCCCGCGAGAGCUACGUGCACAAGUUCUACCGGCUGGGCUUCACCGACGUGACGCUGGAGCAGAUCUUCAGCUCGUCGUACUGCUCGGCUCUCUACCUGCGGGACGUCGUCAAGGUCCGCGGACAGGUGUACGUGAUGGGCUGCGACGGGCUGCGCGUGGAGCUGGAGGGGGCCGGCGUCUCCUGCGUGGAGGAGGCGGACGAACCGGGCGCCACCAUCUACGACUGCGCCCUGGCUCCGGACGUCAAGGCGGUGCUGGUGGGACAUGACGACAAACUGACUUUUCUCAAACUGGCCAAAGCGUCGUGCUACCUGAGGGACCCUGACUGUCUGUUCCUGGCCACCGACAACGACCCCUGGCACCCUCUGUCGGGUGGACGGAUACUGCCAGGUUCCGGGUCCCUCACUGCGGCCCUGGAGGUGUCCUCGGGCCGCAAGGCCACCGUGAUCGGCAAGCCGAGCCGCUUCAUGUUCGAGUGCAUCUCCAGCCAGUUCAGCGGGGUGGAGCCCGCCAAGUGCCUGAUGAUCGGGGACCGCCUGGAGACGGACAUGCUGUUCGGGUCCAACUGCGGCCUCGACACCAUGCUCACCCUCACCGGCGUGUCUCAGCUCGAGGACGCCCACGAGUACAGGGACGGCGACCUGGCCGCCAACCGCGGCCUGGUGCCCGACUACGUGGUGGACUCCAUCGCCGACUUCCUGACGGCUUUCGAGGAAGUGGACGAACAGAGCGAUUGACGGGAGUCUCCCGUCGCCUAGCAACGAUUUGCUUCUGCUGCAAGUGCAAUGUUUAGUCUGGCGUACCUAUCCACAAUCAUCCAAAAAAAACAGAAACGCCCCUCAGCUGUUCAUAGAAUACUCACAGAAUACUCCAGUAAUCCAGUGUGUACCUCAGUGUUUAGUGUUGUGCCCAUUUGUCUCUUGGCAGUUGCUGUAGGUGUUGAUAUUACUCUACGAAUAUACUGCACUUUCCCCUCCAUAGAGUUCACAGGUAGUGUUUGAUUAGUUUUGGGAACCCAGAGGUAUUUUUGUAAAGCCAUGAAUUGUUCUAUAACGGCAUUCAUGUAAUUAUUUUUUUUCCCCUCAGAGGCAGACAUGGACUUACUAAGGCAUGUCUUAAAUUCAUGGCAAGAGGAGACUAUAAAUAAACCGCUUUCCUCGGCUCUGGAGACUUGAGAUAACUCUCUGCCAGUCUGAGCGGCGAACGUUCACCUCUCCUCGCGUCUGUUUGUGCCAAUAGUCACUGGAGAGCUUACCGGAUCUCAUAGUUAGAAAAACACCGGUCAUAGCGCUCUGUUGUGGAAUGUCGAUGUUGUUGAUGUUUGCCAUAUAGAGCAUGCCAGCGACGGUAAACAAUAAAGCACCUGAAAACAAAUCCUGAA